AUGAAAGAUCGAGUAAGCAUGCGCAUUUCGGGACCCGAAGUCAAUAUCUUCUGUGAUCUUGAUCCCAGUCUAAGGGAAUUUGUCACCAUCGUGAAGGGCAAGAAAGUGCUGUACGUACAAUUGGACAGAGCACUAUAUGGGUGCGUAAAAAGCUCGAUGCUAUGGUAUGAACUUUACUCGGAAACUCUCAUGGAUAUGGGUUUUAAGCUUAAUCCAUACGAUCUGUGCGUCGCCAACUGUGUCAUUGAUGGAAAGCAAUGCACGAUUUGCUGGUAUGUAGACGAUAACAAGAUCAGCCAUAUGAAAUUGGAGGUUGUAAAGGAUAUCAUCGGGAAGAUUGAAGCCAAGUUCAGCAAGAUGACAAACAAGUUUGGCGAAGAGCACGAGUUUUUGGGGAUGAAGAUAACAUACAAAGACGGCAAGGUGGAGAUCAGCAUGAAGAAACACAUUCAGAAGGCGAUCGAUAUGUUUAUGGAUGAUAUCAAUAGAGAGGCAACUUCGCCUGCCAAGGCCUAUCUUUUUGAUGUGAGAGAAGCUGCGAAAGAUUUAAACGAGGAAAGGGCUGACAAUUUUCACAGCGUAACAGCGUCACUUUUGUACGUCUCAAGACGAUGCCGUCUAGACAUUCAAACCGCCAUCGGUUACUUGUGCACUAGAGUAGGAUGCCCAGAUGAAGACGAUUGGGUCAAGCUCAAGAGAGUCUUGCAGUAUCUGAAAGGAUCGAUAGAUUUAACAAGAAUCAUUGGUGGAGACAACAUCAGAAGAAUGCAAGCAUGGGUGGAUGUUUCGUAUGGAAUCCACGACGACUGCAAAAGUCACACUGGAGGAUGCAUCUCUUUCGGCUGGGGGGUGAUUUCGACCAUGUGUAAGAAACAGGGGCUUAAUGUGAAGAGCUCAACUGAAGGAGAAGUCGUGGGCGUGAGCGAUUUUUUGCCGAACAUGAUUUGGGUGAGGAUGUUUUUGGAACAGCAGGGUUUUGAACUGGAAAAGAACACACUGUACCAGGACAAUCAGAGCGCCAUGAAGAUCCUUUUGAACGGUAAGAAGUCAGCCGGAAAAAGGUCAAAACACAUCGACAAUCGUUUUUAUUUUAUUAAGGAUCGAUUGCUGUCCGAGGGAAUCGAUGUGGUGUACUGUCCGACCGCAAAGAUGCUGGCGGAUUUUUUUACCAAUUCUUUGCAAGGUAGUUUGUUUCGAAAGUUUCGCGAUGUGGUUUUAGGAUACAAACACAUCGAUUCUCUACUAGAGGAUGAUGAGGAAGAAUCAGUCAAGGAGCGUGUUGGAAGUUGUACAGACGACUCCCCUGAGUCAGAUAGUGACGAGUCUAAACCGUCAUACAUCAACCGAAAGAGUAUGGAGAACCAGUCAUGGGCAGAUGUUGUUCGAAAGAUGAACGAUUGA